ACCAGCAGAGGGCGGCGGGACGACUUCCGCUCCGCGCACGGCGGACCAAUGGGCUUCCAGAACACUGGAGGCGGUGGGCGGGACCGGGGCAAACGCGAACAUGGCGGCGUCCUUAGAUGAUGAUUUGGAGUUGAACAACCAGGACUAUUACUCUCUGCUCAACGUCAGGAAAGAGGCUACGUUGGAGGAGCUGAAGGCGUCUUACCGGAGGCUGUGUAUGCUCUAUCACCCUGACAAACAUCGAGACCCAGAGCUUAAAAGACAAGCUGAGCAGCUAUUCAACCAGGUGCACCAGGCGUAUGAAGUGCUGAGUGACGCUCACUCCAGAGCCAUCUAUGACCUCUUUGGGAAGAAAGGGCUGGAGGUGGAAGGCUGGGAGGUUGUGGAGAGGAAGAGAACUCCAGCAGAAAUCCGAGAGGAGUACGAGAGGCUGCAGAGAGAACGAGAGGAGCGGAGACUGCAGCAGAGAACCAACCCAAAGGGCACCAUCAGUGUUGGUGUGGAUGCAACAGAUCUGUUUGACCGCUACGAUGAGGACUUUGAAGAGUUACCAGGGGGAGGCUUUCCUCAUAUUGAAAUCAACAAGAUGCACAUUUCCCAGUCGAUAGAGGCUCCUUUGACGAACUCUGACACAGCAGUGCUGUCUGGUUCACUCUCUACACACAAUGGGAACGGAGGGGGCAACAUUAACAUGACUGUACGCAGGGUUACUUCAGCCAAGGGCUGGGGAGAGGUGGAGUUGGGUGCAGGAGAUAUACUGGGACCGCUCAUUGGGUUUAAGGUGUUUCGCAAUGUCACUCCACGGUGCUUCUUGACAGCCCAGUGUGGUUUGCAGUUCUCACCUCGAGGUUUGCGACCGAGCUGUUCUCUGAUGACAGCACGCCACCUGGACCAGAACACCAUGGGCUACCUUCAGUGGCGCUGGGGGCCCAAUAGCGCCAUGACUACCAGCCUUGUCAGAGACACAAAGAGCAGCCACUUCACUCUAGCUCUGCAGCUGGGUGUACCUCACUCCUACCUGAUGAUGAGCUACCAGUACAAGUUCCAGGACGAAGACCAGACUAAAGUUAAAGGCUCCGUCAAGACAGGCUGGUUUGGCACCGUGGUGGAAUAUGGAGCAGAGAGAAAGAUCAGCCGACACAGUGUCCUGUCAGCCACUGUCAGCAUCGGCGUCCCACAGGGAGUGACCCUCAAGAUCAAGUUGGCCCGUGCCAGUCAAACUUACCUGUUCCCAGUGCACCUUACGGAUCAGCUGCUGCCCAGUGCCGUCUUCUACGCCACUGUGGGACCCUUGCUGGUCUACAUGGCCAUCCACAGACUGAUCAUCAUCCCGUAUUCACAAGCACAGAAAGAGCAAGAGCUGGAGCUGCACAGGAAGAGCUCCGCCACAGACAUCGCCAAAAAGAAGCAGGAGGCAGAGUCUGCUGUUCUGCUGAUGCAGGAGUCUGUGAGGAGAGUCAUAGAAGCAGAAGAAUCCAAGAUGGGUUUGAUCAUCCUGAAUGCCUGGUAUGGAAAGUUUGUGUCAGAUACCAGCCAGAAGCAGGAGAAAGCAAAGGUGAUCGACGUCACUGUGCCGCUGCAGUGCCUGGUGAAGGACUCCAAACUCAUCCUCACAGAGGCUUCCAAGGCAGGAUUGCCGGGCUUCUAUGACCCAUGUGUGGGAGAGGAGAAGAGUCUUAAAUUACUGUACCAGUUCAGAGGUGUGAUGCACCAAGUCAUCUCCACGGACACUGAGCCUCUACGGAUACCCAAGCAAUCUCACAGAAUUCAGGCAGAGUCUUAGGAGCUCGCCGCUGUUGAGGCACCAGAGGGCAGAUGCAGAUAAAACAGACUCGGCGUGAACAGAGGAACCCAUGAAGGACUCAUGAAAAACAACUACGUUCCUCUUCUCCAGUCCUCCUCUAUCGUGAUAUUAUUGGAUCUGUUUAUCGACUUCCUCCACCUCUCUCUUUCCUGUGGGCCACCUCCCAGGUUUCCCCGCAAAAUAUGAUCAGGAGUUUCUACGAGGUGUUAACCCUUGCAUCUCUCGUCGAAUACACCUGUCAGGGCUGCUCAGAUAUCCGCCUGCUGCGGGAGAUCAGAAAUUGGCCCCGAACAUAGUUUUAAACAUGCAUCACACAGCGGGACCUGUAGUCACUGCGGAUGUGGUGACGUCCCUUCAACAGUGAGCUAAAACGUGCACAGACAAAUUUCAAAAGUGUUUCUUGAGAUUGGUUAUGUCAGGUGUAUACAAAUGAGCUGUGCAGUCAUUUUGCCCCUCUUCAUCAUCGUCUUUGUCCUGUGUGUUUAUCACCCUGGUAGUUUUGAACCUAAUAAUUUUAUAACAUACCAGUCAUGCCAACAUUAAGCGUAACACUAUGCAGGAUCAUGCCAUCAUGUCUGUGACCCUGGGGCCAGCCAAGUUACGUGUUCUUCUUUUCACUUGUUGAAAAUGUCAUAUGCUAAUUUAUUCUGCCUGUAAGUGAAAUGACUGCUGCUCAUUGGGAUUCUUGUAGGCAGGUGAAAUCUGGUGCUUAAGACUUACAUCUGUGACGUUUUGGUUUUGGAAGUACAAGGAGGGUAAGUGAUGUUGAUGCCCUGUGAUUUUCUCAAUCCAACCAAGGAGAGACAGGCUUGAAUUCUUUACACACUUAUUAUUUCUAUCUCUCUGGCUAGACUGCAGUUUAAAGGCACAAAUUCAACUUGGAUUUGAUUUGGGUUUGUUUAUUAUCUCUGUGCAGUUGCAGGCAAAAUGGUUUUGUUUUUAUACAAUGAAGGUUUAACAUCAGUGUUUAUUGAGAUCUGACAAAAAGCCAGUAAUAAUGGGAACAACUAGUAUGGAUUUGAAACAUUUUUUCGAGAUAUGAAUGAAGAAUCUUUUACUGGUUGGACUGCAACCAGUAGAGGGCGUACAUCAACAGACAACUUGUCACUGGAGCUGACCUGAGCCACACAAAUCACCUUACUGAUUAUACAUGAAUUUGCUGUGAAAGGAAUGUGCUCCAUUCCUGCGACAUAAAUUUUUAAAUUGAUUUUGUUUAUAAUUCUGAGUUUAACUUAUCUUAAAUGUAGUGCCACUUCUUAAACAAAGUAUUGUAGAAGAUGUUAAAGCUAUUUUUCAGCCAGCAUUUUUAUGCCUGUCCUCUGGGUAAUAAUCUGUAACUCACCGUUGGUCACCAAGUUCUGUAAUGUGAGGCUGACACGGGGAGAUCAUAUAUGCUAUGAUGGCUUUUCUGUUGAAAUGUAGGUGUUGUAGCACAAGGCUCUAAAGUGUAAUCCUUAUACUAAUUGUUUGUGUCAGUGGAUUGAUACUGUAACUGCAAAGGGAAGAGUGAGAGUUUGUCCUGAUGUUGUCUGGGAACCCUGCAAUGAACUGCAGCGAAUCCUUGAACACUGUAGGAUGAAAAUUAUAAACGUAUUUUACUGAACACAAAAGUAAUAUUUUGCACGAAAUGUACAGUAUUUAAAGCAAAAUUGUGUCUUUAACUCCACAUGAUGCAACAGUGAUUGGUCCAUGAGUUUUUAUGAUACCUUCUGCUGAUGGAUUCGGUGAGACAGGAGUCUUGGUUUGGGGGUCACUGUUACAGCAGCCAUUUUGCACUGAUUCUGUUUGUAGUUGUCAUCUCCUCUUCUUACUUGUUAUCUAUGCUGUCAAGUAUUUUUACAGGUCAGCUCUACUCUAGUGUCACCAUGAGGCCGUCAGAAUGACUGCACCCCGCUGUUACUUCCCAACCCAUCAUCCUAACUGACCUACAUUAUGUAAAUGUACUGAACGACCGAGGAACUUGUGUGGAUCUGUCCUGUAAAGAAAACUGUAAACAUGAACAAAUA